CACAACACACCUGUGCAGGUACCCUCAUCACAACAACAGACUCACUGUCAGCAGAGGGAGGCUGUGAUUGGCUGAGCCGCAGCCUAUCAGAGCGCAGAGGUAGAUGAGCAAGGGUAAAGGCAAAGGGAGGAGCGCAGUGCCUCUGCACAGUUUGAACGGGGAGUUUAGUACAGACACACACACACACACGCACUGAGCUGAAGACCAGAGAUCCAGACACACACACACACACACACGCACUGAGCUGAAGACCAGAGACACACACACACAGAGCCAGGAACCAUGGCCGUCACCAACUUCCACUACAUCACUCGCAUGAACAGCGGCUUCAAGGUGUACAUCCUGGAAGGUCAGCCCCACCUGCGGAGCGAAGACAGGUACAGACAUGUGACCAGUGAGCGAGUGCGACUGAUUCCUGCCCAUCCAGUCAAACGCAAGCACAGCUCGGAACGCAAGCACCACUCGGAACGCGGCCUGACCCUGGAGGAGAGGAGGGAGCGCACCCUCAGUAAGCACGCGGCGGCAGUGCGGAGGAUGUCGGUGGUCAGUGGUCCCGAGAGCCCGUCGUCCACGUCCACGUGGAGCCCCUCCUGCAGCCCCACCACCAGCCCGCUGGCCUGCCCCGCCUACGCCGCCCCCAUGCUGGACGAGCCCCUGGCGCUCAUCAAGAAGCCCCGCCGCGAGCAGGAGCCAGAGGCCGCGCAGAAGAAGGCCAAAGCCCCCCCCGCCCCCCUCGCCAGCCUCGCCAGCCUCGCCAGCCCUGCCAGCCCCGCCAGCCCCACCAGCCAGUUACAGAUCCGCCCCUCUGUGAUCACCUGUGUCCCCUCUGUGACUAAGUCCAGCCGCGGGCCCCUGGAACACCGCGGUCAGCCCUCAGUGUUGUCGGAGCGGAGUUGUGACGGUGUGGAGGAGCAUUUCCAGCGCAGCCUGGGGGCCCACUACCACAAGAGCACCCCCCCCCUGUCCAUCAGCGCCUCCGUUGACAACCACUUCGCCAAGGCGCUAGGCGACAAGUGGCACCAGAUUAAAGGGUCCUCCUCCUCCACCUCCUCCAGCCCCACCACACCCUCCCCCACCACCUCCUCCUCCUGUGGCUCUUCCUCCCCCUCCUCCUCCUCCUCCCCUCCCAGCAGCCCCAUCUUCCUGUACUCACAGCGCCACGUCCAGAGCCCGCCCCGCACACACGCACAGCGGGGUCCCUCCAGGUCAGACGCCCGGCCUUCUGCCCUCUGGGUAAUCAAAUAAAAGCCCCCCCCCCCCCAUUGCUCCGCCACACGAGGGGGUGGUAAGAGAAAAAGCCUUGUCUGUGUGAGAGAACGCUCCUCCCAGGCUUCAGCUGUAUAAAAGCAUAGGGACUCUGGGAGUCCCCCCAAGGGAUGAUGGGACAGUGGAGGACCGCAAACACCCUGCCUUGCCUUUGGACGAUCUCUCCAUCUGUGACUUACGACUCAAGUGGAUCCAUUUCACCGUGUCCUUAUUUCAAAGUGCAAGCAUGUUCUACUAAAACAAGCAGUUUUAGUGUGUAGGGAAUAGUGCGUCCGGUGUACAUAAACUGGUCCUUCUUCUAUCUAAGCACAUCAGUGUCUGGACAUGAGGCAGCAUUCCUACCCUUUGUAAUCGAUCUGGUGACGCUAACAUAGCACUGAUAAUACACUUUUUUACAGUAAUAUUCGCUUCUUACUUCUCUAAGAAUGACAACUGAUGGGCUGGCUUGCUGGGUAGCUACUGUGUAAAAUGUGUUUGUUUGUCAGUGACUGUUACUGUACAGUCAAACAGUCAAACGAGAGAAAAGGAACGAAACCCCUAUUUGUCAACCAAUCAUAAACCACACUGAAAGGAAGAGGCAAAACCUUAAGGGGUAUGAGUUUGGGUUGACCGACUCUUUUAACAUUUCAUUAAAGUUUCAUUUCAAUCCUGCCUCUAUUUCUAAACUGCAUUCAAACCAUGAGGGUAGGAGUUUGGGUUGAGCGACCCUUUUAACAUUUCAUAAGGUUCCUGUAUUUCUGAACUACAUACUUGUAUGUAAUUGUGGGUGAGGUGUACCUUUUUGAGUACCGUGUGUAUAACCUGACAGUGCCACAUAGUGCUGCCAGACGGAUCCACUAUGACAUGGGCAACUGUCUGGGAUUGAUGAUUCCAUUCCUCUGAUGUCAUAAUUCAGUGGAACACUAUCCACUCUGUUACAUGGCAACAGACAGAC